GUUUGUUUACACGCAGAGCGUUAGCGUCGUAUCUAGUGUCGUACGGUUGUCGCAGCACCAUGAUGAGCAUACAUACUGACAACGAGGAGGUCAAGCUCUCCUCGUCGCCUCCAGACAAGCCAAAACUGAUGGAAGGUGGCAACUACAUUCGCGAGGGUCGCGACUCCAGCAAGUCUACAUGGCUGUUGUUUUCCCCGGCGACGCCUGACGAAGCCGGCGCACUCGCCAAGUUCCUUAGCGUGUUCUGCUCGCACGGAGUCAACCUCAGCCACAUCGAGUCCCGCUCAUCUGCCAGAAGGCCGGGCUAUGAGUUCAUGGUGGAGUGCGAACAUGGUGUUGGCGAUUUCGGAGCGGCCUUGGACGAACUCAAGAAUAAUGUCGGCUACUUGAAUAUUAUAUCUAGGAACUAUAAGGACAAUAGAUACGCUGUACCUUGGUUCCCUCGGCGUAUCCGCGACUUGGAUAGGUUUGCCAACCAGAUCCUGUCGUACGGAGCUGAACUCGACUCCGACCACCCAGGGUUCACGGACCCGCAGUACCGCGCUCGCCGCAAGUACUUCGCGGACAUCGCUUACAACUACAAGUAUGGACAGCCACUCCCUCACGUCGAUUACACCAAGGAGGAGAUUGCCACUUGGGGUGCUGUGUUCAGAAAGCUCACAGAGUUGUAUCCUACACACGCCUGCAAGGAGCACAACCACGUGUUCCCGCUGCUUAUCGAGAACUGUGGCUACAGGGAGGAUAACAUCCCACAGUUGGAAGAUGUUUCCAACUUCCUUAAAGAUUGUACUGGUUUUACUCUGCGUCCUGUUGCUGGGCUGUUGUCAUCUCGUGACUUCCUAGCUGGACUUGCAUUCCGAGUGUUCCACAGCACUCAGUACAUCAGACACCACUCUCGGCCACUGUACACACCUGAGCCUGACGUAUGCCACGAACUGUUGGGCCACGCUCCGCUAUUUGCUGACCCUGCCUUCGCUCAGUUCUCCCAAGAGAUUGGACUUGCAUCCCUUGGUGCACCUGAUGACUAUAUCGAAAAGCUUGCUACUUGUUUCUGGUUUACUGUCGAGUUUGGUCUGUGUCGGCAAGAAGGCAAGCUGAAGGCGUUCGGCGCGGGCCUGUUGUCUUCAUUUGGGGAGCUGCAGUACUGCCUCUCCGAUAAGCCCGAACUGCGGGACUUCGACCCCGAGACCACGGGGGCCACCAAGUACCCUAUCACUGAAUACCAACCCGUCUACUUUGUUGCAAAUAGUUUUGAAGACGCUAAGGAAAGAAUGAUUAAAUUCGCCCAAAAGAUCCCCCGUGACUUUGGCGUACGUUACAACCCCUACACACAGAGCGUGGACAUCCUGGACUCUCCGCGACAGAUGAAGGAUCUUCUUCGGGAAGUCCACCAGGAGAUGAACCUGCUCCUCAACGCCAUGGAUAAGCUAUAAAUGAAACGACACGAUUUAUCACAAAAAUCCGCAUCUACAUUGGCCCAGUCAUAGUGUGGCCAAGGCUGCCAGAAUUACAGGUUUUAAGUAUUGGCCACCUUAUUGGCUCUGAACAAGGAUCCAACCGUCUUUUGUCAACAGACUUCUUUUAGUCGCAAUUUUCAUUAUUUUUGAGUUGAAGAGAUAUGUUUAGUGCAUACGAGAAGAAAUCACGUGUAUUUUUUUCGUCGAUAUACGGGAGGGAAUAACCCGGAGAUAUUUUGAAGUUUUCGUUUGUGUGUCUCUUAAACCUAAGCGUACUCAAAUGUCUUUGUGCAAUAUAUUAACUUAUUUUGAAAAAAAAACAGUUUCUAAACGAAAUUGAUAAAUAUAACGUUAUGUAAAACAAAAGUCCAUAAGCUCUGUCAGAUAUAUAGCAUUUAAAAUGAGUUUUAUUAAUAUAUUAUAAGGUUUUAUUAGAACCAACGUUAAUUAAAACUAUUAUUAGUAGAUGUAAAUUGUACGGCUUGUCUAUCCGUACAAUCCGAAUAGAAAUAAGCAUAUUUUGUAAAUAAUUUUAAAUAAUAAAUUAAUAGAAAAAUA